AUGAAUCAACAAUUUCAAGAUGAACUUGUCGACUUGCAAAACAAAUUGACUCGAAUUCAACAAAAAAUGGCUAGUGCACAAGAGUUGUACAAGCGAACACAGGCAUUAAUUGCACAACUUCAAGAGAAGCAAAGAGAACAAAGUGAGGAAGUCGAAAAAUUGAAAAAAGAAAAUGAUGAUUUAACUGAAAAACUUGGAAAGCUGUCUACUGGAACACAAAAUUUUCUUGACCAAAAGAACGACGCCAUUCGAGAGCAGGGAAAUGCUGAAACAGCUAAACAAAAUGCUGAAAAACAAUUAGCUGAUCUCAAACAAUUAGAACGUGAGCAUAGAAGUCAAUAUGAGAAAGCAAAGAAUGAAAAUGAACGCGCUCACCUUCAACUCGAAAGGGCCCAACAAGAUCUAAGAGAUGCUGAGAAUGAAGUGAAAGCCGCAAAGGCGAAAGUCAAAGCAGCCGAAGCAGAAACAUCAAAAUCAAUCGAUUGUUGUGGAGCAACUCAAAAAUGA